UGACCACAUGAUCGGCCCAUCUCGGCCUUCCAAAGUGCUGGGGUUACAGGCCUGAGCCACUGUGGCCAGCCUCGAGGCUCUUGUUUUGAUCGUAUGUGUACACACAUGCACACUAGGUAGCCAUGCAAAAUGUAUUUCUUACCGUGAGAUACGGUAGAAAAUGUUCAAACAACUCAGAGGAUGUCAAGGGAUUUAAGAGCUUGAGAAAGGACGGCAACCAAAGCAUGACCACUAGAGGGCACCCCACCUCCUACUAGAGCUGCUUCCGUUCCUUGCUAUCGAGGCAGUCUCAGGGAAGAUACCAGAUACUCACUGCCCACGCGGCCUUCCUCCUCCCCUUGCUCUGGUCAUGGCAGCCUACUGCUAGCUUGGCUGAUGGCAUGCCACCCUUUCCGUCCGAGUUUUUGUCUGGAGCCAGUGGUCAGCUGAGAUCAAUAUCUCUCGAGCACACACGUUCCAGUCCGUCAACUUGUCUGUCCCUUUGUGGGUGCCAUCCUGGCAUUCCUGGGCAGCCUGCUGUGCGCACAGCCCAUGCCCAGUGAAUGUCUACAUUAUUUCCCUCAGAGUAAGGUUUUCUUCUGUCCCAAAUGCUCCCAAAGGAGGACAUACCCAAGCCUCCGCAUUAGAAGCGAGUCAGAAAAUAAAGUGGUGAGCACAAACCAGGCAGCCCCUGGCACUGCAGUCCUGGAGUCCACACCUCUCUGAGUCAUGGUGGAGCCCCUCCAGCUUGGUCUCUACAAAUGGGAGUCUAUAGUCCUUCCCUGUCACGAAUCAAAUGGCCUCGGCCUGUUUGUUGUGUAAUUACUGCACAACUUUAAUCCUGCAGACUGCCUGCGGUACACGUCUGCUUGUUUAGAAACUAGCCGAGGGAGGAAUGGAUGCCUGGAAAAUCCCUAUGGCCCAAGGUGCCUUGCUGCCAAUCUGCCCCAGGGGGCGCCAUCUCCCGUCAGCCUCGCUAAGUCCCACAGAGUGAGAAGCGUUGCUUUUCCUGAUUACACAGGCUCCUAUCCUCCCUCUGGUCAGCCUCCAUCUGCGAACAGUCUCCUCUGAAAUGGAGAUGUCUUCAGUUUAAAACUGCACUCUUCAAUACAGUAGCCACUAGCCACAUGUGGCUAUAUAAACUUAAAUUAAUCAGAUAAAUUAAACUAAAAAUGUGGCUGCCUGGUUGCACUAGCCACAUUUCAAGUGCUCAAUUAUCACCUGGACUGGUGGCCACUGUGUUGGGCAGUGCAGGUGCAGCACAGGUCUCUCACAGCAGAAGGCUCCACUGAACAGUGCAGGUUUGGAAGGUUGGGCUGAACCACACCACACACAUCCUAUUCACUCUGCGAUCUGGGGUAUAUUUUAGUUUUGCUAUCAAAUUAUUAUUACUGUAUUAACUUGAUUUUACUUUGCUAAUCCAUUGCUUAUAAAUUCCUAGUGUUAGAGUAGGUAGCUAAGCAGGCAUGAGCAGGGCAGGAGAGGGCCCCCCUCCCCCAGGAAUGUCAUGUGACUGUCAAGUAAUGGUCAGGCAAUUGUUAAGCUGUCUCUGUAAAAUAACUGGUUGCAGCCAGAGCCAGAGAAAGAGUCUCCCAAUAGAUAGAAAACAUCUGAAGCGGGUAAUCAGCAGCUUCCUAGGAUCUCAGGAGUUGGGCGAGUGGGCUCAAGCAUGCAUAUUAAGAGGCAAAAUGGCAGAGUUUAACUGGUAUAUGACCUUCCUCUAGAAACGACUGAUAAGGGAAAAAUACCUCAAGUGAGCAUGCAUACACCUCCAGUAGACACACUGAGCAUGCAGCCCCUCCCAAGUGCUGGCAAGCCACCACGCCUGCAGACAGCCUGCUCCAAGGAAAGAGUCGGGGGAGAAGAAACACAAACCCUGGAACCAUGCCAAGGUAUAAAACCUCAAGUCAAGGGCCCAACGGGACACUUGGAUCUCUCAGGUCACCUGCUUGGCUCUCUUCCAAGUAUACUUUACUUCCAUUUGUUCCUGCUCUAAAACUUUUUAAUAAACUUUCACUCCUGCUCUAAAACAUGCCUCAGUUUCUCCCUCUGCCUUAAACCUACCUCUGCCCCUCGACCAAAUUCUUUCCUCCAAGGAGGCAAGACUCGAGUUGCUGCAGACCCAUAUGGAUUUGCUGCUGCUAACAUACUUUGGUGCCACGUGAUUCAGACACAUUCUCUAGUGGUAAGACACUUCUAUAACUCACCUUCUUCUGCUGGAGGUAGUCAAACCCUGUAUCCGGUUUCCUUCUCCUGCUCUCCUGCCUAUAGAAAAACUGUUCCUCCAGAACAAUUCCUCCCAGCUAUAGUGGCUUUGCUCCUGCCAGUUGAUCUCUCAGCUCAUCCUAGUGGCUUGCAGGGGUACAGGUCUGCUGGUUAUGUUGCCCAGGCUGGCCUCAAACUCCUGGGCUUCAAAUGAUCCUUUCAUCUUAGCCUCCUGAGUACUGGGACUAUAGGUGCCCACUGCCAUGCCUGGCUGGUUAGGUUACUUUUCUGUGGAUCACAGCCCAUCAUUCACCAAUGCCUUGCCAACAGCAGUAAAUGUCUCAUCCCUGGAUCCUGGAACUGAUAACUUAACAGCUCUGCCAGGUCUUCAGGUAAGGAGAGCAGGCCAACAGUCUGACUUCCAAGAUAAAUCUGCAGCAGGUAUGUCUGCCACUUCCCUUUUACUCUUCCCUCAAUUUUAUUUAGAAAAUGUUUAGGUAUUUCUGGGGAAAUCUAAGACAUAUAUGAUUGGGUUCCCACCCUUAGCAAGUUUAAAGUUUUGUUUCAAAUAAAAGUAAUGCCCUUAAAACAAUUAACACUACAAAUUGCCAGAUAGUAAAAGGCGCUUUGUACAGCGAUUAAAAUAAAAUUUUAUCCCCAAACCUGCGAGUGGCUCAGCCCCUCAAAUAUAGGUGCAAGUCUUUUGUACUAUAGAGAAGUUUCUAUUAAAGAAUGGCCAUGAUAAACAAGCCAUGCUUUCUCAAAUACGCGUAUCCCCAUAUUGACACGUACACACAGCCAUGGAGGGCCCCAGGUGCUGGUUUGUUUGUCCUCAUGGAGUAGAAAGGCUUGCUGAGAAGAGCACGGCCAAGGGUGCUUGACAAGGCUCAGGCCAUUCUAACACUGCCCUGUGGACCUGUCUUGAAUGGCAUGGUUGGCUCGUCCCUGGGUAAAACUCAGCUCUCAAAGCUGAAAGAUUCCUAAAUGUCAGGCAGGGUUACUUUAAAUUGCCACCCUGCCUUGAAAGGUCUCUUUCAGGAAGACAGGUGCAUAUUUGGCUCAGUCUGUUCUAUUCAUUUGUCUACCAUUCCCUACAUCCAUCUGUCCAUCGGUGUGUAGUCUAUGUGGCCUCAUGGUUCAUGCCCAUAAGGAACACCUCACUCAUUUGUACCAGUUUGGUAGAAAGGACAGUCUGAACGAAUUCAUUCAAAAAAAUGCCUGCACACCUAUUAGAGCUCUUCAGAUCUUUUUCCGGGCCCCCUGGCAUAGCUCCAUACUCAGAGCAGGGCAGGAAGCACUUGGCUUUGCAGCCUGACAGUCCUGGGUGACUGCUGGGGAUGUGUGUUCUUGGGCAAGUGGGUUAAUCUCUCUAGUCUUCAGUUUGCCUAUCUGUAAGUGACUAGGAUUAGAUGGCUGUACAUAGAAGCAUCCAGCAUAGGGCCAGGCUUGCGGUAGAACUGAGUGUUAGUCUCUGGAUCCUGAGGUUGCUCCUGGUCCGUGCUCCCAAUGCUUGACAUUUGCCCUUAGGAAGAGCCACAUGAGGUUUGCCUAGGAGGUGGGAGAGAGCAAAAGCAUUGGAGAGAAGCAACCUGAAUGGUAGUGCAGAGCCAGAGAAGGGAGGCCAGGCACCUCCACAUGAGGGCAGCUGCUUCUGGGAAAGCAGACAUCGGAGUACAUGCCUCUCCCUAGUAUCCUCUCCACGAGGAGGCACUGGGGCAUGUGACCCAGGCUGACAUGCCUCUAAUUCCUGCCUUCCAGCGUUAUUUCCCAGAAGGGUCAGUAAUGUUAGAUCAUGGAGACUGACAACUAGAACUGUACUGAGAUCAAAGUAGUCAACAUCUGGGGAAUUCCAGGAGUAGACGGUAGCCCAAGGAAACCAGAUGAUUCCAGCCAGGCUAGGCAGGGUGGGUGGGCACUGCUUGCUGAGGUGCCUGAGUGGUGUGGGCUUAGGAGGGAGUGCUGCACCAGGCCCUCUGGCAGACUCAUCAUCAUCCUGUUGAUUGGUCUGGUAAUGACAGAGACCUGAGUGUGUAUCUUCGAUUUGCCAGUUUCCAGUUGUGUGCACUGAGGGCUGUUAUUUUGGCUAUGGUCCUCAGUGUUCUCAUCUAUAAAGGAAGGAUAAUAUCGACUGCAGGGCUGCUAUGGGGCUUAACAGCUAUCACAUAUGCUGGAGCUGCAUGUGCACACAGAACCCAGCCCAUGCCAUGGACUUAGCAUUGGCCCAGACCCCAACUGUUCCAAAAAGAUGUCUGACUAGCGAAUGAAGUAAUUUUAAGGUACAAAUGCCACCAUCUUUGGUGGAUGGCCAGAGCCAAACCUCCUUAUUGUUCCCCUUUAGUUUGUGAAUAAAGCCCUGUCAGGCCCUGACAGAAGAAUCAGCCCCAAAGCAGAAUGAAGGAGGUGUGGGGUAUCAGAGUAACCCACCCAUCUCUGACCCACGCACUACACAGGGGCGGGUUGGUCAUAUGGAUUCUGAUCUGAAGGAUGGGAGUAGGGGGUGGGUCUUUUAUAGUAACCAGCUGAGGGCUCUUAAAAAAUGUUCAGCGGAAACGAACCACAUCACAAAAGUAGAGGCAGACCUUGCUUCACGAGCAAGCUCAUCUGUGGAACAAACCGGCAAAGCACCUCUGCUGGUGUUCAUCAGAACAGACACCAUGGCAGAGUAUGAUCACUAUGAAGAUGAUGAGUUCUUCAACAGUUUCAAUGACAGCAGCCAGAAGGAGCAUCAAGACUUCCUGCAGUUCAGCAAGGUCUUUCUGCCCUGCAUGUACCUAGUGGUGUUUGUCUGUGGCCUGGUGGGGAACUCCCUGGUGCUGGUCAUAUCCAUCUUCUACCAUAAGCUGCAGAGCCUGACGGACGUGUUCCUGGUGAACCUACCCCUGGCUGACCUGGUGUUUGUCUGCACUCUGCCCUUCUGGGCCUAUGCAGGCAUCCAUGAAUGGAUCUUUGGCCAGGUCAUGUGCAAGACCUUACUGGGCGUCUACACUAUUAACUUCUACACAUCCAUGCUCAUCCUCACCUGCAUCACUGUGGAUCGUUUCAUUGUAGUGGUUAAGGCCACCAAGGCCUACAACCAGCAAGCCAAGAGGAUGACUUGGGGCAAGGUCAUCUGCUUGCUCAUCUGGGUGAUAUCCCUGCUGGUUUCCUUGCCCCAAAUUAUCUAUGGCAAUGUCUUUAAUCUGGACAAGCUCAUAUGUCGUUAUCAUGACGAGGAGAUUUCCACUGUGGUUCUUGCCACUCAGAUGACACUGGGGUUCUUCUUGCCACUGCUCACCAUGAUUGUCUGCUAUUCAGUCAUAAUCAAAACACUGCUUCAUGCUGGAGGCUUCCAGAAGCACAGAUCUCUAAAGAUCAUCUUCCUUGUGAUGGCUGUGUUCCUGCUGACCCAGACACCCUUCAACCUCGUGAAGCUCAUCCGCAGCACACACUGGGAGUACUAUGCCAUGACCAGCUUUCACUACACCAUCAUAGUGACAGAGGCCAUCGCAUACCUGAGGGCCUGCCUUAACCCUGUGCUCUAUGCCUUUGUCAGCCUGAAGUUUCGAAAGAACUUCUGGAAACUUGUGAAGGACAUUGGCUGUCUCCCUUACCUUGGGGUCUCACAUCAAUGGAAAUCUUCUGAGGACAAUUCCAAGACUUUUUCUGCCUCCCACAAUGUGGAGGCCACCAGCAUGUUCCAGCUAUAGGCCUUGCCAGCAUUUCGAGAAGCUGCUCUGGAAUUUGCAAGGCAUGGUUGUGUCCUCUUGAUAUGGUGAGGCAGGCUUUGUUUAUAGUUUGCGCAUUCUCAUGGAGAAGUUAUCAGACACUCUGACUGGUUUGGAAUGCUUCUUCUCAGGCAUGAACAUGUACUGUUCUCUUCUUGAACACUCAUGCCGAAAGCCCAAGUAGGGGGUCUAAAAUUUUUAAGGACUUUCCUUCCUCCAUCUCCAAGAAUGCUGAAAUCAAGGGGGAUGACAUGUGAUUUCUAUGAUCUCAGGUUCUCCUUGACUGGGGCUGACGGUUGAAGAGGUGAGCACAGCCAACAAAGCUGUUAGUGGUAGGUAGCACGCUGGGUGCCCAAGCUCAGAAGGCUCUUCUGACUACUGGGCAAACAGUGGAGAUCAGAGCAGCCAUGAAAACAAAUGCUGGCACCACCAGGCACCUAACAGAAAUGAGAUCAGGCUCUGCUUCACCUUGGGGCUUGACUUUUGUAUAGGUAGAUGUUCAGAUUGCUUUGAUUAAUCCAGAAUAACUAGCACCAGGGACUAUGAAUGGGCAAAAUCAAAUUAGAAUAGGCUGAGAAUUCCAGUGGUCCAUGGAAUGCUUGAAAAAUGUGCAAAACAGCAUUUAAGACUGUAAUGAAUCUAAGCAGCAUUUCUGAAGUGGACUCUUUGGUGGCUUUUCUCAUUUAAAAAAGAAAUUUUCCAAUGUCUGCCAUAUAAACAUAUGUAAAUGUAUAUACACACACAUACACAUAUGCUAUAUAUUACUAGCAUAUGAGUUUCAUAGCUAAGAAAUAAAACUUUUAAAGUCUCCAAACAACUUUUAUGCUUUGGUAUAUUCUAUUUUAAUGUGGUGUGCCUGGAAUAUACUUUUUUGGAAUAUACAAAAAAGUUACUUUUGGGCUCAGAGCACGGAAAAUAAAUUGUAAACUUUCAGGGCUGUGCUCUGUCAUGGAAAUGGAAUAUACCAGUGAUAACGACCCUGCUCUUUCACUGUGGUUUCUAACCUCCUGUCUAAAGUGUGGGGCACAUUUGUUUAACUUCUAGAAUGUGGUCACAGGAUGAGGCAUAGUUUUAAAUGUCAGAUUUUAUGCAUGUUUAUUAAAUCCUGGUAGUCUGUUCAAUAGGCUUAAAGAUGUUUUUUGGGCUUAUGUAUCCCCAAAUCACUCACCAAAUACGGAGAACCAACUGACAACAGCUAACUGGAAUGCACAGAGAGGCAGGCCAGAACUGACUUAACAGUGUGGUUUUGGGGGCUGAAUAGACCAGAGCUGAAUCCCUGCCACUCACCAGUUUGUAAGACCUUGGGCGAAACUCAGCCUCUGAGCACGUGUUUCCUUUCUUUUUGGUGAAACACGGAUCAUAACAGCACCACCUCUACGGGUUGGUGUGAAUACCUGAGACACUGCAUGUAAAACAUCUGGCACAGUUUGCAUUUGGGGAGAAAAGGUCCAAAAAAUAGCAGUAGUUAUUAUUUCUUACAAGAACUGGUGACACAAAAUGGAAGCCCUCCACGUCAGCCCUGUGGGUUAGCGAGGCAAGGGAGGGUUUAUAUCGUGCCUUCCAGGUGUGUGGUAUACCAUGUGCACCUGGUACAGCUGAGCACAGGCUGGGCCUUUCAGAGCCCACAUGAUCCUCCUACUGUUUCAUAAGCUUGUCUAAACGCAUCUACAAGCAGAGUUUUACUGUACUCAGGUCACAUGGACCUCCGAGUGCUUCCUUCAACUACAAAAUCUGCCCUUUUAGGGUGACAAGGCAACAUUUAUCUUUUAAGUGGCUUUCAAAGAGAGUUUCUGUCAUUCCCCCUUUGUGCAUUCAUGUUAACAUGGAACACUUCUGACAGAGGGGGCACCAGUCCCUGGUUUCCCUGACAGUGUCCUGGCCCAAGGGACAGAGGCAGAAGUAGAGUCAGGAGACGGGGCCCGGCAGCAUCUCCACGAGUCCCCAUGGAGAGAUGCAGCAAGGUGUGAUGAGAAUGCAGGCUCUGGGCUCACUCUGACAGUGUUCAGUGUUCAGUCACAGCUCCACCACUGUGUACCCCUGUGCAGGUGAUGCAGCACCCCUGACCCAAGCCCUGGUUCACCACCUAUGCCAUUGGCUCAUGGUGGCCUUCCCUCCUGGGGUGCUUGUGAGCACCAUGCUUGGGCCUGCCUGGCCACAGCAACAGAAAAGCAGCCACCUGGGACCGUGGGACUUUCCCUGUCCAGGUGCCCGCCCCCUCCCACGGUCCCUGCACUGGCCUUUUGUAGCUUAGGAAAGCCCUGCCUGCCUGGCCCCAGGAACAGCACAGCAGCAAAAUCUUUCUUUGCCUUCCCUGCCUCCUCAGCCACUAAUUGAUCCUAUGCCUCUGGGCCCUUACCUGCCACUCUUUGGAGUAGAUGUCAGUUUUCCAACCCCUUCCCCUGGGUAGGGGAAUAAACGCUGGCACAGCACGUGCAGAUUACAGAAGGCCUUCAUGUCUUGAUUUCACUCCAUCCACACCACAGCCCAGGAAGCAGAAGAUGCUGUUGGUACAGGCUCCAUUCCACAGAGGAGACUGAGGUCACGUGCAGGGCAGAGCCAGUUCCCAACCUCAGCCUACCCUUCUCCCUUCCACUUGGCUCUCCCCUCCGCUCGUCCACACCAGCACAUGGUGUUGGAGGCCUGGUGGGAGGGGAUCAGGCUGGGUGUGGGCUCUGCUUGAGUACACACUGCCUUGGUGUGGCCUCAGGGUUGGAGGGUAAAGGAUGUGCUCUUUCCCUAUUUCCCUACCAAGUUCCCAACACCUGGGGGUGGCUGUAGUACUUAUGGGCUCCAACCCCUUUAGAGAUAUGGCAGAGGCCACUAAUGGCCACAUCAUCUGAGAUGUGGGGAACACAAGAUGACACUGACUCUAGGGGCUACCUGAGAGCUAGGGGCCCAGGUGUCCUCCGUGGGUGUUCUGGACUGAGGAGAUGGUGCCACAGAAGAGAAAAGCCUGGAGCUACCCCUACUGGAGGGGUGGAGGCAAAACAAAGAGGAUGGGGACCAGGAGUGGUCAGGGCAGUCACUCUGGCCUCCUCCUCCAACGGGCUCUCAAAGCAGCACCCCCUUCCAGCUGCCCAGUCCCUGUCGGUCCCUGGUAACUAAUGCCAUUUUGUAGGAGGCCUGGCACUAUCAUCCCCAUUUUCAGAUGAGAAAACUAGUUCAGACAGAUUAAUGCCUGCCAAAGCUCAUACAACAGAGCUAGGACUACAACUUCACUAACAGCCUUCUUUGCCCAGAAAUGUUGGCUCCAGGAAGGUUUCCUGCCACUGACAAGCCACAGGGUACCUGUCACCUCUGUAUUCAGCUGAAGGCAGAGAUCUUGGGGAAGCCCGCGUGCAAGGUGGCUUUGUAACCUUAACCAUUCACCAUAUCCUGUUCUCAUUUUGUUUCUGAGAUAGCAAGCGUCAAAUCUCCCGGUGGGUGACAAAUCUACCACAGCUCCCCUAAACACUCUGACCAUGAAGCGCCUGUUCUGAAGCAAUUACUGGCAAAGAUGCUCUGAGGGUUCAGGGAUUGUUUCUGUGCGAGAGUUUAAGCUCACUUAGGGUCAUCUGGGUAUCUGAAGGAUCUUCCUUGGAGGAGACCCCUGGGCUGCGCAGUGCAAGGUACUGAGGCGGUAGCGGUAGCAUGCACAGCUCAGCCCCUGAUGACACAACAUCAGGAAAGCAACAUACCUCCAUGAAAGUCUUCCCAGGCUUUAGGCACUGGGCUGGGCUCAGUGCUCCACACACAGUUCUCAUGCAAUCUUCCUAACACCCCUAGGGUGAGUCUUUUCGGUAGAGGGGAGGAAACUGAGUUCGUGGGCUGCACUGCCUAGAGCCAUGGAGCCUGGAGGUGGCAGACCAGGCAUGUUUGGUUCUAAAGUUCGAGCUCUUCACCACCAUACUGUCUGUUCAUCUGGUAGCUAGAGGGGGAGGCCGGUCCUCAAGGAGGCCAUGACUGGGUAGAGGCUGAGCAAAUGCUGAGGGAGCCACAGCCCAGUGCCCCUGCCAGCCCUUACCCCACAGGCCUGGUUCACCAGCUGACAAAAGCUUGGUUUCCUUCUGUGCUUCAGUCCAGAGAACUGCUGGACACCUGGUCAGGGAGAUGGUGGAGGGUGAGCCCGAGUGACUGAAAAGGGGGUGUGCACGGGUGUGUCUGGAGGGCUACAACGAAUACCAUCUUUUCUCCAGAAGUCAGGAGCUGUGCUCCUGCUCUGCACAACCAUUCUAGCUCUGAGCCAUGCACAGGGACCACUGGGAGGUUGCUUAGGGGGUCCCAGCAUCAGGCCACAUCUCCCUGGCAGGCUGGACUUUGGGACCCCUUUCUGACCCACCUCUGCCAGGAAGAGGGGCAAGGCAAACAACUUCCUUAGCCCCAAAACUGUGUAUGUGUGCAAAAGAGCGAACAUGAAGGCAGGGGAGAUGGGCAAAAUGGGGACACGGGAUGGAAAGAAGACAGCUGAACUCUUCCAAAUGAAUCUUAAGCCAGCGGACUGGAGGGAGGAGUCCAAAGCCUAGUUCUGGCACCUCCAACAACAGAAGUUAUCCAGCCUCCUGAGGCUUCAGCUUCUUUGCCUAUAAAAUGAGAUAAUUCCCACUCCCUGAUGGGCUGCACAGGGACUAGUGAGGUCACGUGUAAGAGCAGCUGGUGCAAGGAAGGCGCUCAACAGCAUCACUCUCAACAACACUACUUCCAAGUGGCCUGAUAUUCCUCACGAAUUCGGACUUAGUGUUUAAUCUCUCCCGGAUCCCUUCUUACCUUGGAUUUGCUUAUUUUUUCCCGAAGUUUCUUGCCAGGAAUGCUUACACAAAUCUAGGGCUCUAGAUCUCCCACACUUUCUCAGACUCUUGGUGUUUUCGGUUUAGGUCUUAAAAUUUAGGAAGAAAAAGAAUGUAGGAAAAAGCUUCCAGAAAUGCUUGGGUUUAUCUCUAGCUAAUGCACACAAAAAAGUAUCUGACAAUGCAGCCUUUAACUGACUGGGAAGGGUGGGUCUUCACCCAAACAGAAGUGCAGGGAUUACAGGUUCCCAUCAGUUAGUCCCACAUCCUCCUUGGUGGCCGUGGAC